UCCAAACCCUAAAUUCAGUAUAAAUAGAGGCAUCCAUACCCAUAGAAACGCACAUCGAAAAUGAAGACCAACUCAUAUUUGCUUUUUGCACUAAUUGUGAUCGUUCUCCUUUCAUCCACUUUUGCUGACGAUAUUUCCAAGCAAGAGACGACGCCUCAGACAAAAGAAGCUGCGGACGCGCAUAAAGUUGAAGCUAAAGAAGAUGGAGAAAAGUAUGGUGUAAACUAUGGUGGCGGCGGAGGAAACAAUGGUGGAGGUGGCAGCGGAUGGGGUGGCGGAUGCCAUCAUGGAUGCUGUUACCAAGGACAUGGAGGAAGUUGCAACAGAUGUUGCGCCUCACCAGAAGAAGCCAAGGCGUUUGCGGAAAAUCAAGCAAAAUCAAAAAAAGCUGCUGACGCGCAUAAGGUAGAAGCUAAGGGUGAUGACGGACAGUAUGGUAUAAACUAUGGCGGCGGAGGAGGAAACUAUGGUGGAGGUGGAGGUGGCGGUGGCAGUGGAUGGGGAGGUGGAUGCCGCCAUGGAUGUUGUCAAGGAUAUGGAGGUAGAUGUAACAGAUGUUGCACCUCACCAGAAGAAGCCAAGGCAUCUUUGUUAAAUAAAGAAGCAAAUGGUGAUGAAGGGAAGUAUGGAGGAAACUAUGGUGGAGGUGGAGGUAACUAUGGUGGAGGUGGAGGUGGCGGUGGCAGCGGAUGGGGUGGUGGAUGCCGCCAUGGAUGCUGUCAAGGAUACGGUGGAAGAUGUAACAGAUGUUGUUCGUCUCCAGAAGAAUCCAAGGCAUUUAAGGAAAGCCAAUCUCGCCCUUGAACACCCUAUAAAAUUUGAAAAGCUUAGUACAAAUCCAUGUAUGGUAUAGCCUAAAUAAAACAAUACAUGGUGUAAUGGAUGUAUCGAUAUGAAUGACGUGGAAAAUACUCUCUUUUUCCACCUUUAUGCUA